UGCGCCUCGGCUUUUGGAUGAUGGAGGGCGUGGACUGACUGUAGACUGGCACUGGUCUUUAGCGCGCCAGAAUGCACAAAUCUUGUGUGCUUCUGGGUUCAGCGGUGCCUCACCCGCAUUACGGCGCCUAUGGCAGCACGCUUCAGAAGAUCUUCAGCUUCGCAGCCUUCAACCGCCUCAUUGCCUUCUCCCUGGGCUGGGGCUUCACGUUCGCCUUCUGGGCGCCGGACGAGAGCAAAAUCUAUGACGUGUUCCCGGUGUUCAAGCAGAAGCACUACGCCUACCUGGUGGCCUACAAGGUGCCGCGAGAGGAAUUUGGCACAUUCGAGUUCCACUGGAGGAGCUUGGCGCGCUUCUGCCAGAUGCAGGAAGGUGUGUUCCACGAGUGUCAGGCAGGCAGGCAGGCAUCAGGCAUCAGGCAGCUCAAGAAAAGAGAGACGGAUUCAUUCAUGCCCGCGCAUGACCGGCCUGUCGCUGUCGUGUGUGUGUUGUAUGCUAUGUGCGUCAGGGUACCUGUACACGCGGCUGCUCAAGGCGCGCAAGUACGACAAGGCGGAUGCCCACUACAUCUCGCUGACGACAUGGGUGACGGAGCGGAGCCACAGCAAGGCCAUGGCCAAAACUAAGGGCCUCGAGCUGCAGGGCAAGCUGCCCACCGGGGACCGGUUCAAGUCCCAACUCUACAAGAUUGUCGUUGACGACUCCGAGUACUCACCGGUCCCUGACUAUUCUCCCACAGCGGGACCAACACCAGGACGGGUGGCAUAAAUAACAGUGUGCAGCGCAGCCUGCCCGAGGAGGGAGGGAGGGAGGGAGGGAGGAGGGACCUGCACAGCAUCUUUCUUCCCCUCUCUCCCUUCAAUCUUCAUCGUGCUGUUGGUGGUUCUUCUGUUGAUGUACUCUCUCUCUCUCUCCCUGGCUGGGUGUAUGGUAUGGCUGGUUUUGUCUGUCUGGUUGCCUGGCUCGAUUCGCGUGUGUGUCUACCC